AUGAUAGACUGGGAUCUAAUGAUAUCUGCCACCCUAUUCACCUAUCAAACAGCAUGCCAAAAAACGAGAAAGAUAACACCAUUUUAUCUAGUUUACGAAAGGAAGGCACGAACCCCGAUCCACCCCACGGAGCAAGGAGGGCUGUCUGAAGAAACAAUACGACAACAAGUUUCCGACCUAGUAGGAAUAUUAUCGCAACAACAGAGGGAUAUGGUGAUACAACAAGAUCAGACACUUCCAAAAGAUCAAGGCCUCACUAUAGGGGACAAGGUGCUA